AUGGGGUUGGAAUCAUAUCCAAAGCUUCCGGUUAUCGAUUUUUCCGAUGAGAAUCUAAAGCCUGGAUCAAGCGGUUGGGCACCAACAUGCAACGAUGUCCGGCGAGCUCUGGAGGAAUACGGCUGCUUCGAAGCGAAAUUCGAGAAAAUAUCUCCCCAGGUUCACGGUGCAGCUUUCGCCGGAGCUGAAGAGUUGUUCGAUCUCCCAACGGAGGUAAAAACGAAGAACACCAGCAACAAACCCUACUUCGAAUACUUCGGACAAUACAAAUCUCUUCCACUCUACGAAUCUUUGGCCAUCGACCAUCCAACAUCUUUCGAUUCAACUGCAAGUUUCACCAAUCUCAUGUGGCCUGCCGGAAACGAUCGCUUUCGUGAAAGUGCUCAAAGCUAUUCGGAGCUGGUGACGGAACUCGAUCGGACUGUGGCGAGAAUGUUAUUCGAAAGCUAUGGUGUUGGAUAUUACUAUGAUUAUUACAGCAACAAUACGAACUAUCUUCUUCGAUACUUCAAAUACAAUGAGCCUACGAUGGAGCAGAGUAACGAAGGUUUAUUGCCUCAUGCAGACAAAACUUUGUUUUCUAUACUUCAUCAAGGUAAAGUCAGUGGUUUGCAGGUGAAAGUGAAGGAUGAUCAAUGGGUCGAUAUUCCACCAUCGCCAACUUCUUUUAUUGUCAUGGCUGGAGAAGCAUUGCUGGCAUGGAGUAACGACCGAAUACCAUCAUGUUAUCAUCAAGUGAUCCUCAAGGAGAAGGGAACAAGAUACUCAUUGGGGAUGUUCUCAUUCAUUAGUGGGACCGUACAUAUACUUGAAGAGCUAGGGUACGAGGCUCACCCCAUCAAAUACAAGUCCUUCAACCACUUCGAUUUCCUUCAUUACGUGAAACUGAAUCUGGGACCGAACUCCAACCCAUGUUUUAUCAAAGACUUUGCUGGUGUUUGA